CUUGGGCUGUUGCGAUAACCUUCCCUUUUUCUGCAUCGUUUCCUUGUGCUGCGCACGGGAGGUGGAGAGGGGCGCCGCGGUGCCCGCCUCCACCGGUCCGACCAGGUGCGCAGCCCUUCACUCCCGCAGAUCGCCGGAUUCAUCAGCCUGGUGCACAGUGAGUGCAGCGAGGCAUGGCAAGAUCCAAGGCCAGGGUGUACACUUGUUGCUUGCUGCUUGUUGCUGUUAUGAUCGCCAUCAUUGUGAUAAUUACUGUCACUACUACACGCACGUGCGUGGACGACACUUUCUCGAAAGCUGCAGUAGCCGCAGACACGAGGAAAUGCUCAGAGAUUGGAAGGGACAUGCUUCGACUAGGCGGCUCGGCGGUAGAUGGCGCCAUCGCUGCGCUUGUGUGCACGGGCAUCAUGAACCCGCAGAGCGCGGGCAUCGGAGGGGGGGCCAUUUUCACAGUGAUGGACAAGUUUGGUCAGGUGAAGAUCAUCAACUCCAGAGAGACCAUGCCGUCAAAGGUGAACCCCGAUCUGCUGAAGUCCUGCAAAUCUAACCCGGCAGAAAGCAAAUGGAUUGGGGUGCCGGGGGAAAUUCGAGGUUACCAAUCGGCUCACAAACUUUAUGGAAAACUGCCAUGGGCCACGCUCUUCCAGCCGACCAUCAAGCUGGCCAGAGAGGGAUUCCCUAUUAAUCCGAUCCAAGGCUUGUUCAUCCCAUUCAUUAACAAGUCGCUGACCAUAAGGCAACUGUAUUCAGAUGAAAAUGGAAACCUGCUGAAGACCGGAGAUGUGAUCAAGUUUGAGAAACUGGCUGACACUUUGGAGCUGAUUGCAAACAACGGAGCGGACGCCUUCUACACCGGAAGGGUAGCAGAGGAUUUAGUCCAUGAUGUGCAGCAGGAAGGAGGAAACCUCACAGUGGAGGAUUUGGCAUCAUAUAAGGCCACAGUGACCAAAGCGUGGGUUGUCCCAAUGGGAGAGUACCAGAUGUAUAUACCCCCGCCCCCGUCAGGAGGACCGCUCCUCAGCCUCGUCCUUAACGUCAUGAAAGAGUACCAGAUGAAGUCGGCCCCUCAUUCUGUUGAGGAAAAGAUUCGGUUUUAUCACCGCUAUGUUGAAGCUUUUAAAUUUGCCAAUGGACAAAGGAGGCACAUUCGGGACCCACGCUUCAAAUCAGAAGAUAUGGCAAACAAAAUAACAGCAGAAAGUUUUGCCAAAUACAUAGUGACCCUGAUUAGCGACGACAGGACACACGAUAACCAGUAUUACAACCUCACCAAUUAUCUGGACAGUCUGGGCACCACGCAUGUGUCUGUGCUGGCCGAAGACGGGUCAGCUGUCGCCGUCACCAGCACCAUCAACCACAUAUUUGGCUCCAAGGUCUACUCUCCCAGGACUGGAAUAUUCCUCAACAACGAGCUGUUGGACUUUUGCGGAAGAGUCGAUAACAUCUUUCCCGGGGAGCGGCCCCCCUCCUCCAUGGCCCCCGUUGUGCUGAAGUCUAAAUCCAGAACGCUGGUGAUCGGAGCGAGUGGUGGGAACAUGAUCACGACGGGGCUGGCCUCUGCUCUCAUCAACCAUCUUUGGUUUGGGAAGAGCCUCCAGGAUGCGAUUGAUACUCCUGUUGUCUAUGUUGACUCUGAAAAUAAAGUGAAGUUCGAACCCAAGUUUGACCAGGGUUUAAUCGAGGCUCUCAGAGCGUUGGGGCACAAAAACGAAACGGCAAGCAGAUUCUACAAUGUGGUUAACGCUGUGGAGAAAAAAGAUGGCUGCAUCUGUGCUGUGUCUGACGACAGGAAGCUGGGUGAAGCAGCUGGGUAUUGACACCACCAGUCAGUAAUGCUGGUAAUGGGAUAUUCUGAAAAUGAGCGAGAUCUUCCUAUACCUGAAGGUGUCUGAUGUUCUUGAACAUUACUGAAUCAAAAGCGGAGAAACGGGUUUAAUUUGCAGAGCCUCUGCAGAGACAUGCCUUCCUGACAGACUGUAUACCAUGUCGUUACAAGGGGAAAAAAAGAAAGAGGAAAAAAAGAGAGUUUUCUUUUGGCGCUGCAAGUUUGUGCGUGUUUUUACAAGUGCAAGUCUGGAAUGUUUUUUUUCCAUAUAUUGAAUGCUUUUCAUAUGUACUUUAUUGAAACUCAUGAAUGAAAACUGUAACUAUGAUCUUACACAUUGUCACUGUACUUUUGGGUUUGUACUUGGGAUGUAAACAUCCAAGUAAACGGGGGGUUUACAUUUUAUUGAAACAUUUCCUGAUUUUCACUGCCGACCCUGAUGAACCUGUGGUCUCUGUCGGCGUCGCUGGAGGACCACUGACCGCCUUUGCUCGAUGUUGACAUAUUUUCUUCAAGUGACUGAAAAACAUCUAAUUUCUGUUAAUAGUUCUGGGGAAAAAGUCACAGUGAUAUUGACCACUGGCCAUACAAUCCAGGUGACGUUUGUAGAAUGACAGAAACACAUAUUUAGCAGAUACCAAAGAUGUAUUUUUAAAAACAGUUUUGUACAUACAUGCAUUGAUAAACACUGGAUUUUCAGAGCAAUCACUGUCUGAAAGUACUUGUACCUGAUCAGCAGGUCUCUGUGUAAAUCUUAAAGUUUAAAGUGCAAAAUAAAAAUCUAUUUCAUUUAGAAUGUGCAUGUAUAAAUGUAAUAAACAUUACUUUUACAUAUUGGGA